GGCGGUAAGAUGGCUGCCCACGGGGGCUCCGCGGCGUCGUCGGCGCUGAAGGGGUUAAUUCAGCAGUUCACCGCCAUCACCGGUGCAAGUGAAAGUGUAGGAAAACAUAUGCUUGAAGCCUGCAACAAUAAUCUGGAGAUGGCAGUCACAAUGUUUUUGGAUGGUGGAGGAAUUGCUGAAGAGCCCAGUACCAGUUCAGCAAGUGUCUCUACUGUCAGACCACAUACAGAAGAAGAAGUACGAGCCCCGAUUCCUCAAAAGCAAGAAAUAUUGGUAGAGCCAGAGCCUUUAUUUGGUGCUCCUAAAAGGCGACGACCUGCACGCUCAAUAUUUGAUGGUUUCCGGGAUUUUCAAACUGAAACUAUUCGGCAAGAACAGGAAUUAAGAAAUGGAGGAGCAAUAGAUAAGAAACUAACUACCCUUGCUGAUUUAUUCCGGCCACCCAUUGAUUUGAUGCAUAAAGGCAGCUUUGAAACUGCUAAAGAAUGUGGCCAGAUGCAAAAUAAGUGGCUCAUGAUAAAUAUUCAAAAUGUUCAAGACUUUGCCUGUCAGUGCCUCAACCGUGAUGUAUGGAGCAAUGAAGCUGUGAAGAAUAUCAUCCGGGAACAUUUUAUUUUCUGGCAGGUUUAUCAUGACAGUGAAGAAGGUCAGAGAUACAUACAGUUUUAUAAGCUUGGGGAUUUCCCAUAUGUUUCUAUUUUGGAUCCACGGACAGGUCAGAAACUAGUAGAAUGGCACCAGUUAGAUGUAUCUUCUUUCUUGGACCAAGUAACAGGAUUUCUGGGUGAACAUGGACAAUUGGAUGGACUUUCUAGCAGCCCCCCCAAAAAAUGUGCCCGUUCAGAGAGCCUUAUAGAUGCAAGUGAAGACAGCCAGCUAGAAGCUGCCAUCAGAGCCUCCUUGCAAGAGACACAUUUUGAUUCAACACAGACAAAACAGGAUAGCCGCUCAGAUGAAGAAUCUGAAUCUGAACUUUUUUCUGGCAGUGAGGAGUUCAUAUCCGUUUGUGGCUCUGAUGAAGAAGAGGAGAUAGAGAAUCUUGCUAAGUCCCGAAAGUCUCCCCAUAAAGAUUUGGGGCAUAGAAAAGAGGAGAACAGAAGGCCACUAACUGAGCCCCCAGCUAGAACUGAGCCCGGGACAACCACAAACCACCAAGGAUUACCAGCUGUGGAUUCAGAAAUACUGGAGAUGUCCCCUGAAAAAUCAGAUGGAAUAAUAGAGGGAAUAGAUGUAAAUGGACCAAAAGCACAGCUGAUGUUGCGGUACCCAGAUGGAAAAAGGGAACAGAUCACUCUCCCAGAACAAGCUAAACUUCUAGCUCUGGUGAAGCAUGUCCAAUCUAAAGGAUAUCCAAAUGAACGUUUUGAACUUCUCACCAACUUUCCUCGAAGGAAACUCUCUCAUCUGGACUAUGACAUUACAUUACAAGAGGUACUCAUUGCAGCUAUCUUCAUCUCCUUGAAGGGCUGGAGAUAUGGCUGCUUCAGUAGGAGUGGACCCUGCCAAAGUAUGCUUACUGUUCUGUUGUCAAGUGGCCUGGCCUUCCUCGGAGCCUUCAUUUGCUUUAUCACUUCUGGAGGAGCCCUAAAAUAUGGUCCUUUUUGCAUGUUCCAUGAUGUCUCCCCCUUCAAUCAGACACAAACAUGGAAAUAUGGUUAUCCUUUCAAAGACUUACAUAACAGGAAUUACUUAUAUGAUCGUUCACUCUGGAACUCUGUCUGCCUGGAGCCCUCUAAAGCUGUCAUUUGGCACGUGUCCUUCUUCUCCUCCCUUCUGUGCAUCAGCCUCCUCCAGAUAUUCCUGGUGAUCAUUCAUUUCAUCAACAGCUUCCUGGGCCUUUUCUGCAGCUUCUGUAAGGAGUCAGGUAGGAAAUUUCUGGAACUAACUGAGGUUAAAUGGAGUCGUAAGGGUGGAACCCUAAUCCAGUAGGAUUGGCUUCUUGUAAGAAGAGGAUAAGGUAGCAUGUCUCUUUCCACACAAUCAGAGGAGCAGGCCACGUGAGGACACAGAAGGUGGCCAUCUACAAGCUGAGAAGAGAGGCCUCAGUAGAAACUAACCUUGUUGGCAUGUUGAUC